UCUAUAUACACAUUUUUCUUCUAUUUUGCUUUAUUAUCGCUUUCAGUCUUUUCGCAAAAUACCAAAUCUACGGGCCUGAGCCGCCAGAAUUCAUUGGCCAGGACUGGUGGGAAAACGAUCACCUAGCUUUAUGUGAUGACGUCACAAUGGACAAAUCUUUCGAAUGGAAACAUGCGGUUUGUUUUGAGUACUUGCAAAACUUUCAAAUCGUCAAAGUGGAAGUUGUGGCGUGGCGACCGGGGCUGGUGAUCUACAGAGAUUUGUUCACGGGCAAGCAAGUGCGGGACCACUUGGAGCUCAUGGAGCAUUUGAAGUUUGAGGAGCAGCUAGUAGUCAACGAUGACGGCAACGACAUAGUCUCAAAAAUCCGAAGAGCCAACGGAACCCAGGUCUUCCAUGAGGAUCACCCGGCAGCUCGAUCCAUCUGGGACACCGCAAAAAACCUACUUCCCAACCUGAACUUCAAAACCGCCGAGGACAUCCUGGCUUUGUCCUAUAACCCAGGUGGCCACUACGCCGCGCACCACGACUAUCUGCUAUACCCCAGCGAAAAGGAGUGGGAUGAAUGGAUGAGAGUGAAUGGGAACCGGUUCGGGACCCUUAUUAUGGCGUUUGGAGCAGCGGAGAGCGGUGGAGCAACUGUUUUUCCCAGGCUUGGAGCUGCAGUGAGGACGAAGCCGGGUGACGCGUUUUUCUGGUUUAACGCGAUGGGGAAUUCGGAGCAGGAAGAUUUGUCGGAGCACGCUGGAUGUCCGAUUUACAAGGGUCAAAAGCAGAUCUCCACAAUUUGGCUCCGCAUGAGGGAUCAGCCAAUUUUGGAGCAAACGCUGAGCUCGGACUCACUUUCUGCAUCUCUACUUUUUCCGGGAGAAUUUUAAAAUGAAGUUUUU